AUGAGUACCAAGUCGGCGAGCGCCCUGAGAUCGGUAGCACAAGGGGGAAUUGCGCGGGCUGAGCUACUCGCAGCAAUCGAUGUUGGACAGGGAGCAAGGACGGGUGAUGGACAGCCCAGCAUGCAAUCAGGAAAUUUAUUUAGACUGCCGCUGGUAUUCGUUCCUGACGCAGACCUCAAGCGUGCUACAGCUGCACGUAUCACCACGCCCAAGGAUGAGAUGGCAUUGCUGGCUGCGUCCAAGGAUAAAAUGUCCGUCUCCCUAAGCAGAUGUUGGCGGCAUCGCCGGCGUCUACUGCUCAGCCGUUUUCUCUCAUCGUCGCAGCAAGAUUCGUUUCAACAGUGUGGGCUGUACAACGCAGAGCGACGGGGUCCUUCAAUCUCGUAUCCUGUGUCGGGCGAGUCGAGUGGUAAGCGAGCUUGCGACAAAGUUUCGACAGCUCUAGAUUCUGAAGAAUAUGUUCAAUGUCGAGUUCCAUCGGAAAGCGCGCGAGAGGGCCCUGCCCAAGUCUGGAUACCAGUCACCGACGGGCUCCCCCAGCAUGACAUGUCGUUAACGGGAGGUUAUUGCGAGGGUUCCUUGGAGGAGGGCAAAGAAGCCCACCCAAGCGAUUCGCCGUUGGACAAUGAGGGCGGGUAG